AUGGAUGAUUCUUUCGUUUCAUCAGGGGAUAACUUAAUAUCGAAUACAACAGAGCCUCGUAGUGCUAAUAUACUUCCUGAAAAUUUAAAUUCUCAGCAUUCUUUAAGUAAUAAUGUUGAAGAUGAAAGAGAAGCCCUGAUCCAUGGAAGUAAAACGUAUUCCGAAACACCAUUGCCCAAAAUGCCUUUAUUCGUGUUAGCAGUGGUUGUUUUCUCCGAACCUCUCAACUUUAGUUUUCUUUUACCAUUUGUAUAUUUCAUGGUACGUGAUUUUCACGUGGUCGACGAUGAAAAACAGAUUGGUAGAUACGCAGGUUUAAUAGCUUCUUCGUUUUAUCUUACUCAAUUUUGCUUUGCUAUUUUUUGGGGUUACAUGUCCGACAAGUACGGAAGACGUCCAAUACUUUUAUUCGGUCUAUCUGGAAUUACUAUAUCGUGUUUAUUAUUUGGAUUAAGUAAGAAUUUGGUUUGGGCAAUCAUAACUCGAUCACUUUGUGGGAUGUUAAACGGGAACGCUGGCGUUGCAAAGAGUAUGCUUGGUGAAUUGACUGAUAAAACGAAUCAGGCCAAAGGCUUUUCCGUCUUUGGGUUUUGUUGGGGCCUUGGUGUCAUCUUCGGUCCUAUGAUAGGGGGAUAUUUGUCUAAUCCCGUAGAUAAGUAUCCUAACAUCUUUGGCAAUUGCGCUUUUCUUAAAGAAUAUCCUUAUUUCCUUCCAUGUUUAGUGGCCGCUUCUGUUAGUUUUACUGGGCUUAUCAUAGGAUAUUUUAUGUUGCCGGAAACCCGAAAAUUCAAAGUUAAAAAUGAUGAUGAUGAGAGCAGAACUCAUCUUAUUCCACCCGAACCUAAUCCGAUCAAGAAAUCAUAUGGUGCAGUUGGUCAUCGUGAUAAUACUUUACAAGACGAUUGUAUCUCUGAAUAUGGUGAUUACGAUCCGACAGUUAUGCCUUAUAAUCAGGAACCGAUUCCUUUCAUCGGUAUUUCACUCGUCACACUAAAUGCCAUUAUAAGUAAUGCCAUCCUUGCACUUCACUCUAUAAUGAGUGAUGAGAUUUAUACAUUAUUUGCGGUAGCGAAAGUUCAUGAUGGGGGCCUUGAAUAUCAAGCAAUUGAUAUAGCUCAAAGUUUAACGAUAAUGGGGAUGAUUCAUUUAUCUACUCAAAUCUAUGUAUAUCCAUGGAUAGCGCGUAAAAUUAGCAUAAUACAGUUGUUCCAUCUUGGUCUAUUGGCCUACGUUCCGGUUUAUUUUGCCUUUCCCUUGAUUAAUCGAUUAAAAAUUGCGUUAACAACACCUUACAGUGAUACUAUAGUUUGGUACGCCUUAUUAUUCCUUUUAGCUGCUCGAUUUAUCUGUAACGUUCUAGCUUACACAUCCGUCAUGAUCUUGCUUAAUAAUUCCGCAACGCCUGAAGUACUAGGUUAUGCUAAUGGAAUUGGUCAAAUGACUUGCAGUUUCUUACGUGCGAUUGGACCUGCUUUAGGCGGAUUUCUCUGGUCCUGGUCUUUGGCGAACGAUUUAAGUUUUCCAUUUAAUAAUUG